AUUCACAACAAUAUUGCGCGCAGAGAAUUCUCUUUUUCAUGUCAUUUGAUGAAAUUCGAAUAUUUCAUCAUUAAGAAUUACAACACAUUUCAUUUUCUUUUUAAAAAUGGUACAACUCCGUUGUCGAUUUGGCCAUCCAAUUAUUCAAUCGUUACCUAUUGCUCAGAUUGUACUCACUAAUCAAAAAAAAGCUUUUUGUGAUUCUUGUUUCAAAAAGAUUGAAGAAACUCAACCCAUAAAAUGUUCACGUUGUAAUAAUGGUUACUAUUGUUCCAAAAUUUGUUUAGAAAAUGAAUUAUCUCAACAUCAAAUGGAAUGUCAGUUUAAUUUAUUUGAAAAGAUUAAAAAAUGCUUUUCGACAUCGAUCAAAAUUCAUACAACUGAUUCGUUGAGUCAACCUGAUCAAUUCAAUUUGGAAAAUUUUUUUGAUCAAAAUGAUUUAAUUGACAUUACUUUGCUGUUUUUUCGUUUGUUGAAGACUUUACUGCUCGAUAUUGGUGAUAAUUCACAGUUUUUACAAUACAAAAAUCCAAAAGGUUCAUUCAAUUGGAGGGAUCUAUCUAUAUCGAUGAAUUCGACAUCGUUUCCAAAGCGAUUAUUAAAACCAAAAAAUAAUUUGUCACUUUAUUUGUCUCGAUUUGAUUAUUUGAAUGAAGAGGAAAUCCAAGAAUUGGACGAAUUAAUUGGCUUAGAUUUAUCUGACGAAGAAUUAUUCAAAUCAGUUUUUAUUGAACAUAAUGUAAAAAGUUGUUUGAACGAUGUGAUUGAAAUCAUUUCCGAAGAGGCUUCAUCUGAUCAAUCCGCUUCAACCAUGGAAAAUCAAAAAUCCAUUCAACAUAAAAAUGAUGAUAUUUAUGAUGAUAUAUUUUACUAUGACAGUCAUACAAGUGAUCAAAUCAAUGCUAAUGAAGCAAGUUGUCUUUUAAAUUUCGAUUCAUCUUUGUUAGACAAAUGUGAAGAAGAAGCUAUUCAAAUAUUAAAAACAAAUUAUCGUUUGCUUUUCUUGGAAAAUCUGUUGAAACGUUCGAAAACACAAAAUAAUGAAUUUGAUUUCUAUUAUAGCGUUUGGUUAGAUUUGAUCUUAAAAUUACUAUUAACUGAUAAAAGUCUGAAUGAUUAUCUUUGUAAACCAGAUUUCUAUGACAUUGAAAAAAUUUUUUUCAUCACCAUACGAUAUUCGAUUGCGAUAACUGAUGAACUACUAUUUAUUCCUUUUGCUCGUGCUAUUUAUGUUCCGUUAAUUGAAAGGAAACAUUCAUGCUUGCCAAACACAUCUUUGAUUUUUGCUGGUAAUCAGCUAAACUUAUAUUAUUUACCUGAGAAAAAAGAAGAGAUAUCAAAAGUUGAAUUUAACUUGCCUUUACAUCAAAUCAGAGUGGAUUUCAAUCACGAAAUAUCUACCAAAGAAGAUUCAUUUACUUUGUACUUUUGGAAUCGGCUUCGGUUAUUGAACUGUGCAUGUACACGUUGUUCACAAACUAAAAAACAACUUCGUUCCGGUGUCAAUGAAUGGGCUAAUCACUUUAUUGAAGAAAAUGAAGAUUUUAUCGAUCAAGAAAACGUUAACAGAAUAGAUGAGGAAAACUGCUUCAAUUUUACCACCGAUAAUGAUUAUGACAUGCUUUUUGCCCGCAAUAAUAUGGAAGAUUCUCUUGUUUUUGACGAGGAAAAUUCGUCUAACUUUGCUGAAGAAGAAAUUGAUGAAAAAAAUAGUAUGAUGGUUGAUUAUGAUGAUAGUAUUGAAAAAUUGAACCAAGUGUUUAAUGAAUAUGGAAAUCGAUUAGAUUUGCAGCAUUCUACUCGAAUUCAAGAGAUUCUCUGCGAAACACUGCAAUCAUUACGUAAAGUUUUUGGUCAUUAUCAUACACAAAUAACUCUAAUAUUGUUGAAGGUUAUUUUUCAUAAUUUUAUCAUUAUCAAAUCUUGUCGUGAUAAUGUUAAAAUAUUUUUUCGAUUUCUUUAUUUACAUCAUUAUAUUAUCGAGCUUAUAGAUUCUCUUACAAUAACUCAUGGCUUCGAAAAUGGCUGGAUUUUAAAAAUAAAUGUUACACAUCAAACUUGUCACAAUAUAAUGACCGAAAUAUUCAAUAACUAUGCAACUGAAAUAAACAAUUUGCAGAUAAAACUUGACAAACGUUCAUACAAAUUGGUUGAUAUCCAAUCGCCGAAUAGAUGUGCCGAUCUUGUUAUAUCAAGUGAAGAACUUAAUGUAAUUCAAAAACAUAUCGAUACUGAAAAUAAUAAAAAUUUAAAUUAUUGUUAUUAUAAUCCAUAUGGUCAUUAUGAAUCAGCAAUGAUGGUGGAUUAUGAAUUCAAUGUUAAUGUUGACAAAACGAUUAACGAAAAGGUGGACAAAAUCUUGGCCAGUUUUAACGAAAUUUUCAAUCUGCGAAAUGAUUGCUAAAUUAGUAUUUUUUCCAUUGAAAACAAAUCAACUC